AUGGCAAUGGCAACGGGCCGGGCGCUGCAUGCCAUCGCUUGUCUCCUUGCGUGCAACUGCAGUGUGGUGGUACUGGCCGCGCUAUCUCCCUGUGGCUGCCUGCCACCGCCGCAGGAGGCCAAGCCGGGACCAGAAGCAGCCAGGACGAACGGCCUCUCGUCCGGCCGUCCUGCGGCGGCGCAGUUGGUGCUAUGGCUACCUCUCGUCAGCUGGAACCGUACCUCCCCUCACCGAGAGGAACGAGCUCGACCCCUGCGCGCUGCCUCCCCGGCCUGCCUCCCCGGCGCCGCCUCCACGACGCCGGCCCGCUCGCCCGAGCGCCGCCUCGCCGGCCUACGCGCCGCCUCGCCGGCCUCCCCCAACUCCGGCCUGCGCGCCGCCUCGCCGGCCUCCCCAACUCCUGUCUGCGCGCCGCCUCCCCAACUCCGGCUCGCGCGCCGCCUCCCCAACUCCGGCCUGCGCGCCGCCUCGCCCGCCUGCACCGCCUCCACGACGCCGGCCUGCGCGCCGCCUCCACCAGGGCACGACGCCUCCACACCGGGCCUCGCCGCGCCGCCAGGAAGACCAGGACACGUCACCGCGAAGCCCCGCCUCGACCGGGGCACGCCGCCGGGAAGAAGCAGGUCGACACGCCGGCAGGACGCGCCGCAUCCACCAGGGCACGCCGCCUCCACGUCCCGCCUCGCCGCGCCGCUAGGAAGGCCUGCGUCGACGCGCCGGCUCAACGCGCCACCAGGCGCAGCUACGGCCAACCUCCCCAAUACGGUUGUGUUGAUGAAAAGGACCCGAUUGCUUUUUAAUUUUUUUGCUUAA